AUGAAUUUGAGAAAGAUCACUGAUAUCAAUAUUGCAAAAUACACCGAAGAUAAUUGGGAAUCUUUAAGACACGAAUGGGAACCUUACGCUAAAAGAGAUACGUUAUGUCUUGGAGCUUGUAUGAUAAAAUAUAACAAAGUUAUGAAAGAAGUUGUAUUCCAAAACAUUUCCAAUAAUCUAACGGCUCCUUCUUUAUCUUUAAGGGGUUGGUGUUAUUUGUAUCAUUACGAUAAAGAAAUGGUUGAAGAAGAAUGGUAUGAAACUACUAGAAUGGUUCCAAAACACACCGAAAAAGAAAACGUAGAAAAAGUUUACUCACAUACACACCCUUUUAUAAGACAUUUCAUCAGACAAUCCAUUAAAGGAGGAAGAGUUUCUGCUAACAGAAAAUCAUUUGAAACGAACAAAAUGGAUGAAAUUUGUAAUGUAUUAAAGGAGUUUAGUGAAACACGAAGUGAUAAUAUAAUUGAUUUAUUUAAAGAAUAUAGUAAAAGUAAUAAAGAUAAAACGGAAGUUAAUUCAAAACUUAAAAAAAUAAAAUGUACUAAACUAAUGGCGUUCGACGCCAACGGUCUAUACGCUUCAGCAAUGUCAGAUUUAGACAGCGAAUAUCCUAAAGCGGAAAGUGGAAGACCGUUUCUACCAGAAGAAUAUAAAGAAUUUAAGGAUAUAACUACAUCGAGACAUCUAUUGAGUGAACCAACUUUAAAAUCCAACUUCGAUUCACACGUCAAAAACUAUCCUAAAGAAAAUGAGGCUAAAUAUAUCGUUGGGAUCAAUGAAGAAGAAAAAGAAUUUGACUGUAUACCUCCUAAAUCUACACGACUAACACCUAGUCAUUUGGGGUCAUUCGUAUUAUCUCAAAGUAAAAAAAUAAUGAAUAAUUUUAUUCACGUAAUAGAUGGAUUUUAUAAGCCGGAAAUAUACUAUACAUAUACUGAUAGUUUAUACAUUUCGUCUAGAAAUUGGGAUAAAUUAAAUGAAGCCGGGUUGGUAUCCGAAAAUGAACAUUGUAAAGGAAAGAAUGAUUACGGUGAUGGUGGAAUUAUGUAUGGUUUAUAUUCAAGUCAAAUACAAUAUCAGUCUAACUUCCGACGGUAUUCUAAAAGAAAAGAAAACGUUUAA